AUUAUACACAUGGUCGGAGUGGGACUGAGUUAAAUUCAUUCCGGUCAUUCCGUGUACAAGUAGCAAGUGUGUCAGCGGGUGCAGAACCGAAUUUUGCAAAUGUUGUAAUUAAGUGCCGCUGAUAGCCAACAAUGAUAAAUGAACAAAGCUCCAAAGCAAAGCACUCCUCAUGGUGGAAAAGGCGCACUCGCAUGGAAAAAUGGCUGUUCCUGCUGCUCGCCCUCCUCCUAAUCAUCAUAAUAAUCAUCCUGGCGGUGAAGCUAUCAGCGCAAAUUGAUUCCCAAGUAUGUUUCACCCCCGAUUGUGUCCAAACGGCGGCCAAAGUCCUCGAAAAGGUUGAUUUAAAUACCAGCCCUUGCCAGAACUUUUACAAGUUUGCUUGCGGGAAUUUCAUAAAGAAUACGGUCCUGCCGCAGUCCAAGACCAGCAUUUCGUCGUUUUCCAUUGUGAGCGACAUGGUGGACGAGCAAAUGCGGACUCUGCUCGAGAAGCCCGUCCAAGACACGGACGCGCGGGCUUUUGUCCUCGUCAAAUCCAUUUACCAGGCUUGCAUGAACACGACGGAAAUCGAGGCACAUGCCCUGGAAAAUGUCAAAAAGACCAUUAAGGGGAUUGGCGGCUGGCCGGUGGUCGAAGGGUUCAAGUGGAACGAGAGGGCGUUUGACUGGACCGAGACCAUCUACAAGUUCAUGAGAAUGGGGAUGGAGUACGAUAUUUUUUUCGAGUUUAACGUCUUCCCCGAGGAGACGGACUCCACCAAGCAUACGCUCCUGUUGGAUCAACCCUUUAUUGUGUCCUUUGAUAAAUUGAUGAGACGAGGCUACAACGAGAGCAUUGUUCGGGCGUAUCAUGUGUACAUGUCCAAAAUUGCAAUGGCAUUUGGGGCCGAAGAGGAAAGAGCUUACAGACACAUGCUGGACGUUAUCAACCUAGAUAUUGCCAUAACACGAAUUACAGUUCCUUCGGAAAAAAGACGCAACUCUUCGCUCGAAGACAACAGGUACUCGAUCAAAGACCUGGAGAAGGAAUUUCCAUACGUCCCGUGGUUGCAAUACAUCAACACAAUGCUAGAUCCAGUGAAAAUAAUGACGUACGACGACAAUAUUACAGUCACACUGCCACAGUACUUUAAAGAACUCAAAAAUAUUAUUACAAGCACCCCAAAACAGACCAUGGCGAAUUAUAUAUUUUGGAAGGGAAUCAAGGGCCUAAUCCAGUACUUGAGCAAUGACCUGCGGGCCCUCCAGCUGGACUUCUUCAAGGUGGUGUCUGGGCGAACCGAGCGCGAGCCGCGCUGGAAAGAAUGCGUCCAAAAAGUGAAAAGUCGCCUCCAUGUGGCGAGUAGUGCGCUUUACGUCCGCCACUUUUUCAAAGAAGAAGCUAAGAAAACUAUGGUCGAGAUAAUAAACAACAUUCAAGCCCAGUUCAUGGAUAAUCUGAGGAAAGUGGAUUGGAUGGACGAAGUCACGCGGAAACACGCCCUAGAGAAGGCCAAAGUCAUGAAAGCACAUAUCGCAUAUCCUGAUGAGUUACUGAACGACGAGAUAAUCGACUACUACUACCAGAAUUUGAGCGUUGAUCGUUCGAAAUAUUUAGGGUCGAUGCGAAAUGUUACGCUUCAUUCCUGGAGAAUCAAUUAUGCGAAGCUGAAUGAACGAGUGGAUAAAAAAGAUUGGAGGGAGCAUUCCUACGCUGUGGUGACUAAUGCGUUUUAUGACCAAAAUGGGAAUAAUAUAGAGUUUCCUGCGAGUAUUUUGCAGGGCGUCUUCUUCGACAACAACCGCCCGCAAUACAUGAAUUAUGGUGCCAUUGGGUACAUAAUCGGGCACGAAAUCACUCAUGGUUUCGAUGACUCGGGUCGACAGUACGAUAAAGAUGGAAAUUUGGUGGACUGGUGGCAGCCCAAGACGCAAUCGGCUUUCGAGGCGAAAGCUCAGUGCAUUAUUGACCAAUACAGCAACAUCACCGUCCCCGAAAUAAAUUUGAACUUGAACGGCAUCAACACUCAAGGCGAGAAUAUCGCUGAUAAUGGGGGCAUUAAACAAGCAUAUUUAGCGUACAAGAAAUGGGCGCAUAAACAUCACACGGAGAGAGCAUUGCCGGGACUACCAUACACGCCCGAGCAAAUGUUCUGGAUCUCUGCUGGGAAUACGUGGUGCGAUGUGGAGAGGAGGGAAGAAUUAAAAAUUAGUGUUAUGGACCGAGCACACGCGCCGAGUUAUUAUAGGGUUAAUGUGCCGCUUAUGAAUUCGGAGUAUUUUGCUAAAGAUUUUAAUUGUCCGAUUGGAUCGCCGAUGAAUCCCAAGCGGAAAUGUCGCGUCUGGUAAUUGACAAAAACGAAAAACAGUAUCAGGGCUUGAAUGAGAGAAACUUCUAUUUUUUGCAUUUAUCUGAGCAAAUUGUUAAAAGAAAUACAGUAUUUUUCUAGUCACUCGUCUGCAAUUUGUAUUACGUAUGAAAGAUUGUACUUGAAUACUCCGAAGUGAAAUCACAAAAUUGUAGUUGUUUAGGGUGUGUUAGCUUAUUUUGCUUUUCAUUAAAUACAUGAUAUUACUCGUAAAUUUUGUAUAUUUUGUGGCAAUAAAAACCAAAAUUCU